CGCUGUACUUCCUGUUUAUUUCAGAGGGUUCCUACACAGGUCAGAGAGUGUAGGUGAUAUUCAGUCUGUGUGAUUCACCGUAGUAUCAGUUGUAAACACACUCAACAUGGAACAACUUCCGUGUUUGGAGCUGCUGCUGCUGCUGUGCACCGCGGCUCCGCUCGAGGCGGCUCCGACCAGAAGCAGCUACCUGCCGGGCACAGGCAGGUUCUGGCACAUCACCGACCUCCACCUGGACCCCACCUACCACCUGGCCCCAGAUCCCACCAAGGUUUGCUUCUCCUCCAAAGGAGCUCCAGCCGCCCAGGCCGGCCUGUUUGGGGACUUCCUGUGUGACUCUCCCUACCGCCUCAUCCAGUCCGCCUUCUCUCACAUGGCGCCGCUCACGCGGCAGCAGGACUUCAUCAUAUGGACCGGAGACAGUCCACCUCAUGUCCCUGUGGAUGAGCUCUCUACAGACAUCGUGAUCCAGGUGAUCAGUAAUAUGACCCAGACCAUCAGACAGCACUUCCCCAACCUGACCGUUUACCCUGCCCUGGGAAACCACGACUACUGGCCGCAGGACCAGAUGCCGACCUCCACCAAUGCCAUCUACAAAGCUGCUGCCCAGCUGUGGAAACCCUGGCUGCAGACUGAAGCUCUGCUCACUCUUUCUCAAGGUGGUUUCUACUCCCAGCUGGUGAAGCCUGGUCUGCGGGUGGUGAGUCUCAACACCAUCCUCUACUACGGACCCAACAAAGUCACAAGCAACAUGACGGACCCGGCGGGACAGUUCGAGUGGCUGGAGACCACUCUGCAGAAAGCUGCUCAGAGCCUGGAGAAGGUCUACAUCAUAGCCCAUGUGCCGGUGGGCUACCUGCCCUUCGCCAGGAACACCACCGCGGUCAGAGAGAGCCACAACGAGAGGCUGGUCGCCAUCUUCAGGAAGUACAGUCAUGUCGUCGCCGGUCACUUCUAUGGCCACACCCACCGCGACAGCAUCAUGGUGCUGCUGGACCAGAAAGGUGAACCUCUGAGCUCUCUGUUCGUGUCUCCGGCUGUUACUCCCAUCAAAGAUGUUUUGGAGCCGUACUCCAACAACCCGGCUUUCCGCAUGUACCUGUACCACAGCCAGGACUUCGCCGUGCUGGAUAUCUGGCAGUACUACCUGAAUCUGACGGAAGCCAACGACAAACAAAGAUCGGACUGGAGGCGUGAGUAUGUCAUGACGGAGGCGUUUGGACUGAGUGACCUGCAGCCGCGCAGCCUGCUGCAGCUGGGCCUGAGCUUCAGGCUGCCGCACGCCGCCGCCUUCCACAGGUACUUCAGCAACUACAUGGUCAGGUACAACGACAGCAUCACCUGCGAGGGAGCCUGUAAGGUGAGCCAGGUGUGCGCUGUGCUCUACCUGGACCGGCAGACCUACUCCCAAUGCGUCGCAAAGGGCGGGUGGUAGAGCGGCGCCGGAUGGUCGAGGGCGCCGCGUUUAGUUUUUGGUUUUUAAGAUGAUUUAUUUUUAAUAAAUAUUUUUUUACUAAAUGACAGAAUCGAGACGAAGGGCGUCCUGCUGCUCAGAAAUAUCUAUCUGAGGUUAAAACAUCUUUUCCAGCUGGUUGUUCACACGGGAACAUCGACGGUUUCAAGGUUAUUCAAAUCAGUGAUGGCUGACGCCUUCAGAAAAAGAGUAAGGCGGACUAUUUAAUGCGUUUUCUGCUCUAAAGAAUGAGAUGAAGCUCGGCUCCAGUUUGUCCCUGUAUCUUUACCUGUUGCAUUAAUGGAUUACACCUGAACCCUGGAGCCGUCUCAGUGCCGCCGGACGUCGACCGUCACUGAGCCGACGGUGAUUUAACAGCAGCUGGAGCGUUCGUCUCUUCUGAUGUGUCCAGCUCUGCGGCACAAAACACCUGAAGUUUUCUCCUGAAGUUUGAGUUCUCAGCUGAGGGAGCUUCUUCAGGUUGUUGCACAGACUCUCUUCAGAGGUUUCCUAAGACUUUUACAGCUGUAAAAUUCUACAGUUGCCAUGGAGACCGUUGGUUUUCUGGCAUCGGCGCCUGUGAUAGCGGUGAACGUAUCACAUACGAAAGUUGCCAGAGAAGAAAAAAUUACAUUAAAGUAGUUUGGUGCUCUCUCUCCUCCUGUUGUCGUCAUGGAAACCUCAGCUCAGUGUUCAGCAGACGGUCAGAGCGUCUGACACUCUCACAGCUGAUCGAUCACCAUGAACUCAGAUCAAAACAUUAAACUGCAGUGAACAGUUUCAGGAAACCUUCAGGAGACUCCAGGUGUUUUGUGCAGUUGGUCCCUGAACUUGAGAUCUGAUUGGAUCAGAUAUAAAUACUCGGUUCACACAGGGACGCAGGUAAAGGUCACCUGUCUGCUCCGCCCUGCAGACCGACAGGUGUGUUCAGUCAAAUUCACCAGGAACAGGUUGAACAUGUGUAAAUGUAAAAUCACAGACGAAUGGUUUUAAUUCUGUUUAUUUUUCUACUGAAUAAAGAUUUUUAACGUG